AUGACACAGGUUCAUGAAGAACUUGAAUCAGUUCUGUUGUCGGAACCUUAUGCCUCGCACUCGGUCAUGGAUCUUCAAGUUAUCCAAGACUUCGCAACACCAGGUCAUUGCGACUGGAUAGGUAACUAUCCGGAUGCAAACGAUAGCGGUGUUGGAAGUGACAGUGGAGUAGAUUGCGGAACUGACAUCGUCGGAGCAUUCGUUGGACAGAUCCUGGAUGUUCAGGAAGUAAAGAUGGAUACUAUUCUGACCACCUGCUCUGGUCCAACUUUUGUCUCCAGUGCAGUUCAAAACUCUACUCAAAACACCGGUCUCCUAGCAGUCUUCACAUUGAAUACUAACACGCUUACGCGGAUUACUUCCAGUCAGACUACAGGGUGGUUUUCAAGUUUCAACUCUGGUUCAAAGCAUAAUUUCACUCAGAGGUUUCGUAGAAUAGAAAGAUUGGAGACCGACAGUCGAUAA